CGCUUCUGAACUAUUCAUCUAUCUCUUGUAUUCUCCCUACUUUUCUGCAGCUUUCUCGUUGAUUGACGUACGCACAUGAUUGUUUGCCAAACCACCGUGGAGGUAUGUGCAUAAUGUAACAAAUAUUCGAUUUUUCUAUUAUUCGUUGCUUGAUCUUCGAGUGUGAUACUUGUAUUCAUAUAUACCGGGAUAUUAGUUACUAUCUGGGAUUUUUUCAAUUUUAAUCUCAUGUAUUUUUUUUUUAAAUAAAUUAGCAACUAAUUUUUUUGUUUGGAAAAGUAUUGUUUAUUGUGAAAAUAUGGUAACGGAUUUGAAAACUAUUAUUUUUGGUUUGUUAAUAACUUUCAAAACCGGUUAUGGUCAGGAUUUCGGCUAUGACGGAAACACUGGCCCAGAUUUUUGGGGUCUUAAAUACCAGGGAUGUAACGGAGGAAAGCUUCAAAGCCCCAUAGACAUUGAACUAAAUAACGUUACAGAAAAGGAGUUUCCUCCACUUGUUUUUCAACAUUUUGACGAACCUUUAGAGACCGUCAAAUUAGAAAAUAAUGGACAUACAGCGCUUUUAUCAAUAAAACAAGGAAAAAUACCGAACGUUAGAGGUGGGCCCCUAAACGAAACUUACAAUUUUUCACAGCUGCAUUUCCAUUGGGGCAGAACUGAUGAUGAAGGAUCUGAAAACUUAGUCAACAAUCAGAGUUUUCCUUUAGAAUUGCACAUGGUACUUUAUAACACAAAAUACGGAAAUUUUAGCAACGCAUUGUACUAUGAUGACGGACUAACAGUACUAUCAUUUUUAUAUCAUAAAACGAUUAAGCAAAACCAACAUUAUCAAAAAUUCGAACGAGAGUUACCAGCUGUAGAGAAUUUAAACGCUACAGUAGAUAUCAUAGGCUUCGUAUCACUCGAUAAUUUCACCACUACUGAUAGAAACGAAUAUUUUACAUACAAAGGUUCAUUAACCACUCCACCUUGUUCAGAAGUAGUCACUUGGCUGGAAUUUAUCAACACCAUACCUUUAUCUCACGAACAGAUACAAGAAUUUAGAUUUCUAUCUGGAGCAAGAGGCAAACUCAAUCAUAACUUUCGACCAGCUCAAGCUAGAAAUGACAGAUCUGUUUAUAUGAAUAUUCCCACACUUUCUUCUACUGCUAGUAGUUCAAAUGAUCGAAGUUCUAGUAAAUUGAACGCGCAUUCAAAAAAUGGAAGAUCGUCGUCGGGAGAUUUAAGAAGUAACUGUGGAGUAUUUGUUCUGUUAAUGUUUAAAUACUUUUAUUAUAUUGUGAAUUAAAUUAAUUGUAAAUAUAUUUAUUUAUUGAAAA